AUGGCCCAACCUCAAGAUGCUGUUGCGUAUGGGGCUCUGCCAGUUGAGCAGGAGUCCCAAGGAUACGGGGCUCAGCCGGUUGAUCGAAAAGCCUAUGAGUUCUUGCCAAGCGUUCAGCUGGCUCCUGGAGCAGCCAAGACUUUAAGUCCGUCUGCCGAUAUCAGUUACUUAAUGACCCCUGUCAAGACCCAAAACGGACUCAAAUCUUGCGUUGCAUUCGGCGUGGUAGCGAUCCUCGAGUCCCUAGAAUAUGGGAAAUUGAAUCCCCUCCAGGAGCAAUCUGAGACCUUCAGUUGGUCCAGGACAAAACGUCUGGAGGGAAGAGACCCAAGGGACAAUGCUGGCGUGGUCACGUCCAAUGCUCUCACAAUAGCACAGGUCGAUGGAAAUUGCUGGGAGAAACUCUGCGAUUACAAAAAAGCGCCCUUCGCCGAACCCAGUGAAGCUGCGGUCAAAUCUGCACAAAAUAUGAAAGCCCAGAAACCAAUCACGGUCCAGAGCCUUGAAACCAUCAAGGGAAUGAUUGACGAUGAAAACAACCCUCACCCUGUGCUCCUUCAAUUUAAGAUCGUGGGCACCGAGAGCCAGCAAGCAAGUUACAUUAGAGGGGACACCGAAAAAGACGGCUACAUUAAAAUGCCUGAUCCGAAUUGGACCCGGACUGAUGGUCAUUGUGUUGCUGUGGUUGGAUACGACGACAACAACAGGCAUGGAAAUCUUCAGGGCUAUCUUAAACUCAAGAAUUCUUGGGGUAUUGAUAAAGGCGAUCAUGGGUAUUAUUUCAUGCCUUACGAUUUCUUUCAUAAAUAUUCAGAGGGUAUCUGGUACAUUCCGGGUCAGGAGUUUGACCUUGGCCAGGAUCAGGUUAAGAGCGCUGCGCCGUCUUCAUCUUACGGUUUGGAUCCCAAUAAGUUCAUCAUUUGUCCGGGUCAAUCCCAUUGAAAAGUAAUGUCAAUUUGAGGCUGGCUGUAAGGGCGCUGGGAUUUUUGAGACAGCCGUUGAAUUGUAUGCAAGGGCGCACGAAUCUUCAACAAGAGCAAAUCUAUGGUCAGUUAAAGCAGAGGACGGCGGUAUAACACUCUUCGUGUUAGAAAAAAAAAUUAGUAAGAAUUUUGUAUGUGAAAAUUUGGAAUGCAACAGACAUUGUGUCUUGGUUUUUUAAUUCAC